AUGGCGCCGAAGCGGGAGCGCGUUAGUCGUUCAGGCGAGUCGGCGAGGCGCGUGACCCGGUCGACGAGCGUACAGGAGGAGGUGGAGCGAGAGGAUGCGGAGGAGGCGCAAGAGGUAGCGGGGGUAGCGGGGAUUGCGGAAGUAGCCGCGGAGGAGGCCCAUGGCGAACCACAGACGACGCGUGAGCGGCGCGAUGAUCGUCGUGCGGAGAUGAACGGCUCAGAUGAAAGCGGGACUCGCCGGAGCAAGCGGCUUAGGACGGGGGGAGCGAGCGGCGGCGAUGGUUCCUCUUCGCAGCAGCCGGCUGACGUGGUGAAGCGAGAACGAGCCGCGGGCCCGGUGAAAAGAGAAGCUGACGUGGCCGCGAGGCGCCAAGCUGGAAUGGUGAAACGGGAGGCUGCUGUCGUGGCGAAGCGGGAAAACCUUCCCAACGCACCCACCCCCUCCCCUUUCACUCCCCUCCCCUUCCUCCGCCCUCCCCCCCUCUGCACCCAUGCCGCUCUUCCCCUUCUUCCUGCCAAUGUUGAUGUUGCCCUCCACCCACCAAUCAGAGGCGAGGACGGGUUCCAGCCUGGCAACAUCCUAUUGGUGCAGGUGAAACACUUCAUGACGUACGCGUCCAUCUCAGCGCGCCCCUCGCCGCGCCUCAACCUCAUCGUCGGGCCCAAUGGCUCCGGCAAGCGCUCGCUCGUCUGCGCCAUCGGGCUGGGGCUGGGCGGAGAACCCAAGUUUAAGAAGCAGACAAAUGGUGGGAGGAAAAACAAGACCUCGAGACAGUAUUUUCAGAAGUUUGACUUUACUUCUGCUCCAAAGCUUCUCAAAUGCCACUUAACCCUCGCCAUUCCUACCCUCCUGUUUCUUCCCCCCUCCGCCCCCCUCCCCUAUCUGUUGGUUCGCAGAUUCUGGGGCGGGCGGCGCACAGCGGGCGAGCACAGUGCAGAGCAUCGUGCUGCGUGGGGGAGUGUAUGCCAGCAUCACUGGAUUCACCAUUGGAAACUUCCGGAAGUCGUGACUCGUUCUCUCCCCACCCUUUCCCCCCCACAACCCCAUCCCCCGUUCCCGACCUCCCCCUCUCUGCCCUUCCCCCUUCCCUCCCUCUAUGCUGGGUGGCAGAUGCUGGGGCGGGCGGCGCACGUGGGGGAGUUUGUGCAGCGGGGGGAGCGCAGCGCCGAGAUCAGCAUCGUGCUGCGGGGGGAUGUGGCGGGGGAGGAGUGGCACGUCACCCGCCGCAUCUCCAUUGAGAACCGAACUGACUGGCUGCUCAAUGGGCACGGAGUGCGGCGGGAUCAAGUGCAGGAGUGCAUGAAGCGCUUCAACAUCCAGAUCUCCAACCUCACCCAGGCAAGUGCUGCGCACUGGGGCAAGAGGUGUGCCUUCCAAAGACAUGCAGAACAGCCCACCCCACCUCGCUCGCUCCCCUUCUCUCUUCUGCUUCAUCCCCAUCACGGUUGUUUUCGCUUCAACCCAAUCCCACUUGUAGCCACACCCCCUCGUUUCCCCCGACCUUCUCAGAAGCAGUUCCUCCCUCAGGACCAGGACCGAGUGUGUGCGUUCGCAGGCAUGUCGCCCAUACAGCUGCUGGAGGAGACGCAGAGGGCGGUGGGCGACCCCCAGCUGUCCCAGCAGCACGCCUUCCUCAAAGACCAGCAGGACGCCCUCGCCACCCUGCAUGCGACGUUGGUGUCACACGAGGAGCAGCUGGGCAAGCUGCAGCAGGCGAACGCGCAGGUGGAGGUGGAUGUGGAGAAGGUGCAACGCAGGGAGGCCAUUCUCAAAGAGGUGAGGGUUAUCGUUGGAGGCACCAUGGGUGUGUCAGGCACGAUGGGUGUGUCAGGCACGAUGGGUGUGUCAGGCACGAUGGGUGUGUCAGGCACGAUGGGCACGAUGGGUGUGAGAGGCACGAUGGGUGUGUCAGGCACGAUGGGUGUGUCAGGCAUGAUGGGUGUGUCAGGCACGAUGGGUGUGAGAGGCACGAUGGGCACGAUGGGUGUGUCAGGCACGAUGGGUGUGUCAGGCACGAUGGGUGUGUCAGGCAUGAUGGGUGUGUCAGGCACGAUGGAGGCCCUCUUCCCCCAUUCCGACACGCGCGUUCUGCUCUCCACGUUCCCCUCUCUCCCUCGCUUUCUCACCAUGCUGGUGGCAAUGAUGGGGAGUAGAAAGAAAGUAGUGAGGAGGCGUCGCAAAACUCCCCUUCUCCCCCAGUCCACGCUCUCUCCAUUAGGUGGUGCUUAUGAGGGCGAAGGUCGCACUGACGAAGAAGAGUGUUCCAUGGCUCAAGUAGCGCUGAUGAAGAAGAAGGUGCCAUGGCUCAAGUACGAGCGCAUGAAGCGGCGCGUGAGGGAGAUGGAGGUAGCGGUGGAGGCGAGGCUUAAGGAGAGGGACGACCUGCAGACACAAGUCAUGGCCGCCAGGGACCCCCUCGUAGCACUGAAGGAGAGUCGAGGGGGGUUUGCAUCGCUGGUGGCGAAGAUAGGGCGCGAGAACGAGGCGAGAGAGAGGAAGCUGCGGGAACUCUCAGAGGAGAGCGACCAGCUGGUGCAGCAGGCGGUGGAGAGGCAGCGCGAUGUGUUGGAGGCGAAGAAGAAGGCGGAGAGUCGCGAGCAGCGGCUGGCCAAGGCACAGGCCGACCUGCAGCAGCUGGAGGCGCAGCUGGCCGCGCUGCCGGAAGUCAAACCGCCCAAGGCUGCUGUGGUGGCUCGGGACGACCUGCAGCAGUUAGAGGCGCAGCUGGCCGCCCUGCCGGAAGUGAAACCGCCCAAGGCCGCUGUGGACCCUUUGGCGAAGAGAGGGAGGGAGCUGCGGAUGCAGGCGGGGGAGAAGGAGCGCGAGGGGCGGCAGCUGGAGCAGCAGAUGAGCGCUCUGAGAGAGCAGAUGGGCCGCGUGGAGCGACGCAUGCACGAGGUAGCCAGCAGUCGCAGCCGGCGCAUAGAGCGGUCGCAAUCGGCGCAUAGAGCGGGGUUUGACAUGUCUCAUUCCCCCCCACACCACCACUCCCCCGCCCAUCCACUCCCCCAUCCCCUUCCGCACAUCAGCAUUAACGAGGUGGCGAACAGUCGCAAUCGGCGCAUAGAGCGGGGUUUGACAUGUCUCAUUCCCCCCCACACCACCACUCCCCCGCCCAUCCACUCCCCCAUCCCCUUCCGCACAUCAGCAUUAACGAGGUGGCGAACAGUCGCAAUCGGCGCAUAG